GAGCCGGACACGGACGAAGUUUUCGUGAAUAAUCUAUCCUCAUCUGAUUACGACGACAGACUUCAAGCUGUAACUGUGGAAUGAUUGAGAUAUCCAGGGAGGAAUGAUGGAAAAUGAUACCUCAAGGCUGAUAAGUCUUUAUGUUGGGACAAGUGCUGGUGCUUAUUAUCAAAUACCAUCAAUAGACUUUGACUAUUUAUGGAAUAUAAAAAAUGCAGUCAUUGGUAAUAAGGCCAAGAAGUCCUCAUUCAUCAGACUUGACAUUAUACCAAAGAUAAUUCAACUACUUGUACAAGAUGACACUGGGAUUGAAUUUGUUGUGGAAUCAGUUGUGCUGUUGGGGAGUCUGGCAAGAGGUUCAGCUGAGAAUGUCCAAGCUCUUUUAGCAACAGAUUCACUGAAUGUGCUAUUAAAAGGAAUUUGCCAUUCAGAUUCUCGAGUUGUUGAAGCAUCUGUCAGAUCACUGAGGACACUCUAUGACUCUUCAUUGACUCCAUGUCGCCCUGUCUUUGAGAAACAAAGCAUUGUACCACAGCUCGUAGACCUGUUGUCUAGUUCCCAGUCUAAUGCUGAGGGAGCUGCAGCAAUCUUAUCCAAAUGUUGUCAGGGUCCUGCACAUCAGGCUUUGUUAUGUAAUAUGGGAGCAGUGACUGCCUUACUGCCACUUUUGGUCUGUGAUAUUCCCAAGAUACAACAGCCAGCACUUCAGUGCUAUUCAUCCAUGUCCUUUCAGAAUGGGGCUGUGUCAAUUGCUAUGAAGUCAGCAACACAUCAAGGUGAGCGGCUAGUUCAAAUAUUUACUAAGCUGCUCUCAAGAGACAGACCAGAUGAAAUUCAACUUGGAGCUGCAAAGUGUUUGACAAACAUGCACAGAGCAGGGGCAGUGUCAGCAGCAGAACACCACUCACUAUUGAUCAAGGUUCUUGCCACAGUGGUCCGAAUGUGUAAGUGGGACAAGAACCUCACUGUCAGAGCCGAGGCAGCAGAGACAUUAGCAUUCCUCAUUGAAGAAGACACAGAGCUACAGAGGACGGCAGCCAUUUCUGAUCACCUGAUAAAAACACUAACUGGUUUCCUGGUCAAGAGUGACUUGGACGACAGCUCAUACGCUCUCAUGAGAGAGAGUGCAUUUAAAGCUCUUGCCUCUGUUGGAGCAAAUGAUGAAGACAUUAGGAAAAAGAUCAUCGAUAUCGAAUGCACGAUGGAUCACGUGGUAUCUGGUCUAGAGGAUCCCAACACUAACGUUAAGUUAGCAGCAGUGAAGUGUCUCCACAGCCUAUCUCGUUCUGUGCAACAGCUAAGAACUAGUUUCCAGGACACAGCGGUUUGGAAGCCCAUUAUGAAAUUACUUCAGGACGCCAAUGAUAACAUGAUGACUGUGGCUUCCUCUGCCCUCUGUAAUCUGUUGCUUGAAUUCUCUCCAAGUAAAGAGCCCAUACUAGAGGCAGGAGCCGUUAACUUGUUGUCAAAUCUAACCAGGCGCUCAGAAACUGCUCUACGAUUAAACGGGGUCUGGGCUCUAAUGAAUAUGGCUUACCAGGCUGAUGAAGGAACCAAAAAUAAAAUCCUUGAGGUUCUAGGACCAGAACAGCUCUUCAGCCUUCUUGACGAUCCAGACACACAAGUGACGAUGAAAACGCUGGGACUAAUGAGGAAUCUGUUGUCAGGGCGAGAGGACAUUGAUCGUAUCAUGCUCCUUCAUGGCCCACGGAUUAUGGAUGGUGUGAAGCCGAUACUGGACAGCGAGACACGAACUGAGGAUGUCAAAGAACAGGCGCUGUGCGUGAUCGCCAACAUCGCCAAUGGUUCCUCAGCCAAUGAAUUUGUGAUGAGAGACGAGAGCCUACUUAAACGACUCAUGCAUUACAUGAUGAACGACAGCGUUAAGCUACAAAUGGCGGCCACUUACUGUGUCUCCAACCUAGUGUGGAGUACAGAGGAUGGUGCUGUGGACAGACAACAAAAACUUCGUGAUCUUGGAGUACAAAAACUUCUGCAGUCUCUACUUACAACAUCAGACGUUAAUCUGUUUGAAAGGGUUAAAACUGCUCUUCAACAGUUCACGUGAUGCUAUGUCGCCAACGAAAUCCUUGUACAAAGUUCAGCUUUUUAAUAAAAUGGUCAUUGUUUCACUUUUCACUAGUUAUAGCAAAGCAAUAAUGGUAAUACUGAUGAGAGUAAUUGAAAUGAUAAUAAAAGUGAUGAGACUUAAAGUAA